AUGGAUUUCAGCUAUGCUCGUUUUAAAGAUGUUAGAAUGGUGCAAACGAACCUAGAUUGCACAAAAUUUUUGGAUGUUAAUGUUGAAGAAUGCAUUUUUGACCGUUCAAAUUUUCCUCGAUGUCAAUUUAAUCGAGCCACUUUCCAUAGAGUUUCACUGAAUAAUGCAGCUCUUCAGAACUCAAAAUUAGAAGAUGCUUGUUUGAUAGAAUGUUCCUUAGUUGGAGCAGUCCUGACUUCUGCAAUUCUCAAGAAUGCAGUUAUUAGUGAUGUCAAUUUAGAAGGAGCCAUCCUGAAAGGAGCUAAUUUAGAGGGUGCAAAGUUGUACAAUCCUAACUUGAAGGCUGCAAAUCUUGAAGGAGCCAAUCUUCCAUAUGUUAACCUUGCAGGCGUAGAUUUACUAGAUGUCAAUUUCAACUUUGCAUGUCUUGAAAAUGCCUCAUAUUUACGUGCAAACCUUUUAUGUGGAAAGUUCCGGCAUGUUAAUGCCAAGGGCUCCAUCUUUGACUUUGCAAAUUUGCGUCGAUGUGAAUUUAAGAAGACAAAUCUACAUGGAGCUUCAUUAAAAUUUUCCAUCCUUGAGCGUGCAAAUAUAAAUGAUGCUUGUUUGAAAGAUUGUACGCUGAUCGGAGGCAACCUGAGAUUUGCACCUUUUCAGAAUGCAGAUAUUACAAAUGCCAAUCUAGAGGAAGCUGACCUACGAGGAGCUAAUUUAGAGGGUGCAAAGUUGGACAAUGCUAAGAUGAUGGAUGCAAAAUUAAAUUAAUGAGCUUUGCUAUAGGACAAUUGCGCUUGUGAAGAACCAAAAGUGAGAUCCAACGUUGAUGGAAUAAAUACAUCAGAUGAGGCAUUGGGUCCCUUAAUCAAGAGCACUAAUUAGAGACUUGAAUCACUCUCAUAUGUGUCUUUUUAGAAGUAGUUAUGAAUUUUUAAAUUAAAGUUAGCCCUACAUUUUGACUUUUGAAAUUGCCAAAUUAAUAGUAACGAAGAAGGUAUUUCU